AUGGCCUCGAAUCGUACCCGCCGUAUAGCCAAAGAGAUUGCGGAUAUUCAUAAUGAUCCCCAUUCGCAAGUGACUGCAGAGCCCAUGGGCGCUGACGAUGAUCUCACGCAUCUGCGGGGCUCGUUUCGUGGUCCACCUGGAACACCAUACGAAGAUGGCACAUUCUUUGUCGAUAUCAGGAUCCCGACUGAAUACCCUUUCCGACCCCCUCUUAUGAAAUUCGAGACCAAGGUCUGGCACCCCAACGUCAGCAGUCAAACAGGCGCCAUCUGUCUUGAUACACUCUCGUCAGCCUGGUCCCCGGUGCUCACGAUCAAAUCCGCCCUGCUCUCCCUCCAGUCACUCCUCAGCACACCCGAACCAAAAGAUCCCCAAGAUGCAGAAGUAGCCAAUAUGCUUCUACGUAAGCCGAAAGAAUUCGAGCGGGUGGCAAGGGAAUGGGCUAUAACUUAUGCCGGUGCCCCCAAGAAACAUCUUGCGGAGGGCAGCGGCGGUGCGACUGAUGCUUCUAUACGGGAGCAGGAGCGCAAAGCAAAGGAGGAUGAGGAACGGGAUGCAUUGGCUGCUUAUGAUGGAUAUAACAAAGACCUCGUCGACCGCUUCUGUGGUAUGGGAUUCGAUAUUGACCGUGUGGUAGCCGGCUUUAAACACGUUGGCAUCGACCGGAAUAAUGGCGCCGACUAUGAACUUGAGGGAGAGGCUGUUGGGGAUGUCACUGCAUAUCUGCUAGGCGAAGACUGA